AUGCCCGAGGCUAUCAGGAUGGCUUUCAAGACAAUAGUGACCUUUUGCGAGCUGCUUCAAUUUGUUUCAGCCGCCACGGACCCAAAUAAUCUUCGUCUCAAGUUCGGUUCGCCAGGCAAAAUCGGCAAUACAUCGAAGGAGUUCGUGAACGCCUUCCCAAUUGGCAAUGGUAGGCUAGGUGGGGCCAUCUACGGCCAGCCCGUUGAAGAGGUCAUCACAAUCAAUGAAGACUCUAUAUGGUCCGGACCAGAAGUAGACCGUAUUAGCAAAAUCGGACUAGGCCAUCUCCCUUCUGUUCAGAGGUCUCUGUUAAAUGGAGAUAUCACCGGGGCUCAACAUGAGGCCAUCGUCAACAUGGUUUCGAACCCGCAGACUGGUCGAAGUUAUGCUUUUCUUGGUGAUGUGGCCCUUCACUUCGACCAUGGCAACUACUCUCACUAUAGCCGGGUUCUGGAUAUGGAGAAUGCGACAGUGUCCAUUUCGUAUGAUGUUGAUGGCGUGGUUUUUGAAAGGACCUUCUUCGCCAGCUACCCCGACAAGGUUAUCAUAGGGAGAAUUACCUCAACUAUGAAGAAAGCGCUUUCGUUCUCUGCACGUUGGAAUCGGCUUGGACUGAACGAAAGCACGCGGAAUGGUUGUGUUUAUAGCAACGGCAAAAACACUGUGACAGUCAAUGCCGAGCCUGUGGACGGCCCUCCUCAUUACGCGGGCCAGAUUUUUGUUACCAGCCCUGAUGGCCAAGUCUCGAUCACCGAAAACAUCAUCUCAGUGGUCAAUGCAAGCGAGGCAACUAUACUAAUAUCGGUGGAGACUGAUUACUGGAAUGAGAAUGCAUCGCCCAACGACCUGGAUCAGCUGGUCUCUUCCCAGGUAGCUAACGCGCACCGCCGAGGCUUCUCGCUACUUCAAAAACGCCAUAUCAGCGACUUCCGUCAAUACUUUGACCGAACAUCGUUAAGUAUUGGUUCUGUCUCGGCCAGCUCGGCUAAGGAUACAAAUCUGAGAUAUGCCGCGUUCAACUCCACCGGCGACCUUGGGCUUGUGGUAAACCUGUUCCAGUUUGGACGAUACUUAUACAUUUCCAGCAGUCGCCCAGGAUCUUUACCGCCAAACCUCGUCGGUAUAUGGAACAACAACGAUGAUCCAGCAUGGGAUGGCGCAUUCACAACAGACCUCAACGUGGAAAUGUUUCAUUGGCAGGCUAAUUUGGUUGGCUUAUCGGACCUUCAGCAACCGCUAUUCGACUUCACCCAGCGGCGUGUGAUGCCUAAUGGUGGUAUCACUGCAAAGGCUCUGUAUAACUGCAGCGGCUGGGUAGCCCACACGAACAACGACCUCUGGGGAGAUACCGCUCCGUGGUACAAUGGCACGACCUGGACCUUCUGGCCCACAGGAGGUGCCUGGCCCAUGGUUCAAGCGUUCGAGCACUAUCGCUUUACCGGGGAUAAAGGCUUCUUGAGGUACCAGGUGUUGCCAAUUUUGACCGGGCUUGUGGAGUUCUUCAACGAUUUUCUCAUCGAAAAAGACGGGUACCUCGUCACCGCGCCUAGUAUUUCGCCAGAAAAUUCGUAUCUCACUCCUGAGAAUGUCACAGGAGGGAUGACCUUUGGUCCGACAUCUGAUAAUCAGAUACUGCGAGAGAUAUACAAAGACUUCCUUCUGGCCUCUGACCUCUUAGGCUCGACAUACCUUGUCGAGCGGGCCAAGACUGUUUUGAGUAAAAUCCGGUCACCCGUUCUGGGUGAUACGUCUGGCCGAAUCCGACAGUGGUGGUAUGCGGAUUUUGAACCAGUUCAAUCCAACGGAGCUAUGAUGGCUCCACUGCUGGCGCUCCAUCCCUUCGCUCAGAUAAAUUACUGGGACUCGCCACCGGAAUGGAUCACGAUGGCGGAGAAGACUAUCGAGUUUUUCCAAUCGGAUCCGUACAGUGUUGUUUCGUGGUGGAACGCAUGGCCCAUCAUUUAUUAUGCAAGACUCCGCAAUGGAAAAAUGGCAUACGACUCGGUCAAGAGGGUUUUGAACAACGUCGCAACUUCUGGGGCGACAUGGACCCUCAACAAUGGAGAGUACCAGAUAGACGGCAAUCUCGGUGCAGUUGCCGGAAUUGCAGAAAUGCUGUUGCAGUCACAGGGACCUGAGUUUAUUUAUCCCAUGUAUAUCCUGCCGGCUCUACCUCAUGAGUGGCCUGAGGGAAGCGUGACCAAUUUGGGUGCCAGGGGAGGCUUUGAGGUCAGCAUCUGGUGGAAAGACGGCCUCUUUAGCCGCGCUGAAAUCCGCUCUAACCUUGGUCGGCCUCUCAACGCUACUGUUGGAAGCCUUGGAGGAUCAGAAUUCACGGUGAAGGGUGCCGGCUUACAGAGUGAAAAAGGCCAUGUCGAGUUUGAUACCACUCAAGGCAAAGUGUACACACUAACACGGGCUUGGUAG